AUGAACUUGAUGAUACCUGGACUAGAUCUCAUAAGGAGCGAAAUCGAGGAGAUAAAAAGCGGGAACCUUCGAUACACUAUUGCCGAUCUAUCGACGAAGGAGCCUAUAUCCCUGUCAAUAGUCAGAAGCGGAGGAAAGGUCAAGGACUUUGAUUACAAGAGGAAAUACACUGUAGAGGAGCUUCAGGGGAUAUUCAAAGAAUUUUCAGCGGGUGUCAACGAGCAAGAUCCUUGCCUUGUAGUAUAUGACUUCAUACACUUUGAUGAUGAUGGAAUUCAGAAGAAUACACUGUGUCUGAUUUCUUACAUUCCCGAGCAUCUUGUGCCGCUCAAGAAGGUUGCCUACUCCACCAAUGCCCUGAAUCUCAAGGAGCUGUUAGAUAUCUCCGUCCACAUCCCUAUAAAGAAGAAGUCCGAUCUCAUCUUUGAGAACAUUGCAGAGAAGUGUGCUGCAUCACGGAUGAAAUAA